AUGGCCUCAAGCCUCCCCGGUGACGAAAGACGGGGAUUCCCGUCGCUUCUCGUCCUCUUCGCCAUCCUCCUCGCGGCAUGCAUCGCCUGGGUGGACGGGGAGUGUCAAUGCGGGGUCUUCAUCCUGUGGGAGGAGAAUCGAAGGGGGGAAGAAGUAUUCGCGGGUGAAGCUUUUCCCACCGACGACUGCUCCAGGAACUCCACCUCCAAGACUCAAUGCAGGGAUUACUGCCUGGAACGGUCCCGGACGGUGGCGAGGGGAGGAAACAUGAGGAUCAUCGGGCCUUUCCUCAGUCUGGCCACCAAGCUCUACACCUGCAAGAUGAUCGAGAGCCAUCACCACGACCAGCACGGGGACCAUUUUCACUUGGAACAGCCGCAGGUCUCUUACGUCUGGACGGGGGGGUUCUAUCGGUGGUGCGGACGGGAUUGGCGAUACGUGGGAACCGAGUCCACCCAGCAGAUAUGCUGCACGAGACAGUUCUUCGCCAGUUGUCCGGCGAACAUGAUCGCACCGGCGCCGCCCCCGUUCCAAGAUGUCGACCCGGAGGAUGAAGAGAAAAAACAGGCCAGGAUCGGGGAAGAAUCAGGAAUUCACCGCCAUUCCUCAGAGAGAGAAUCGGGACAGACCGACGCGGGAAUGGCGGAAUACGUGGACUUCGGCCUGGGAUUCUUGAAUCAGAUCCUGAGAACCUCCGGUAUGCCAACCGUGGAUUCCUUCCUGGGCUUCUUCGGGGUGGGACCGAGGGACUUCAUGAAGACCGUCGGUUCCAUGGAAAAGUUAUUCAAACGAGCCAAACACGAGUUCGAAUUGGGGUCGUGUUACAUGGAGUUCUUCGCCUUCGACAUCUUCCGGAAUCGCCACGAGUACGGAUUCACCUUGGGCAGGAAGAGACGGAAGAGAAGGGACGCAGACGACCAUUCUAACGGCCAGCACGAGAAUAAUGAUGGCAAUGGUGAUUUGUUUGGACGGAAACAAGCUGAGGACAUAUUUCACGUCGUCGCUGAAGCCUUCCGUGGGGGAAAAGGAGAAGAUAUGAGGAAAAGCGGAAGGAAGGAACAAAUGAAUCCAGAUCCGGGCCUCUUCGACGUCAUCGCCGAAACUUUCAGCGACGUGGAUAAGAUCCGCGACAUCUACGACAGCGUCCAAAGUCUGGGUCUGAAUCCCUUCCAGCUGGCCUGGGACAUGUUCCGGCCGUUGACGGGGGACACGUCCACGACGUCGGGUGUGGUUGGGGACCUGCUUCAGGUCCUCUUCAAGACCUACGUCAAGUCCCAACUUUCGAGCUUGAUGGAGCUGAAACCGACGACUGCGGUCUUCCGACCGGCGACAGUGGUCCAGAACGGGACGGAAGGACCAUCCAACGUCCUCUUCGUGAAGGCGAUGGAAGCGCUGAAGACUCUCCUCUUCUCUCUCUUCGGCGUCGUGCCCGAGGGCAGACAGCGGAUUCAGUGGGACCUGAACAGCGACAAGAUCCUGCGAGGUCGGUUGGGGGAGGUGCGACGGGGGCAGAGGCAGGGGCAGAAGAGGCAAGGAGGCGUCGUCGAGGGGGUCGGGGAUUUCGUCCGGACCAUCAUGAACGUCGACGAUCCCACCCACGGUUUCUAUUGCCUCAAGAGCUAUUUCGUCGAUAAACUCUAUAAUUACAUGGGGAAAGGACUCCAGCUCCUCCUCUUUUGA